GUCAUCCCGGCCGAUGCGCGUAGGGCCUGCCGGGCGAGGGGCUGGGGAGGCGGGUGGGGGAGCAGCCGGCGGUGCGUGCCCGCUCCCACCGUCUCUACGCAGCCGCCCGUGAAGCAGCGAGGAGCGCUGAGGGCGGCCGGCAGCCCGUCUGCUCCGGCGCCGCUGGCACCCCCGAGGUGCCCGCUCCCCCCGCUGCCUACCGCCAGCCGGUCGCAGGGCCCGGGGCGUGGUGGCGGCGUGCAGAAGGUUAGGUCCUCGCAAAACGAAUUUUCCCUGUUUUCCCCAGCCGAAGAACACGCCAAGAUAGGCGAAGCAGACGCUGGUGGAUGCGCUUAGCGGAUCUCGGUUGGGAAGGAUGUGGGGGAAGCUGCUUUCAAACCGGUGGUCGGUAGUUAACUACUGGCCGCAGUUAAAAUUUUAGCAGCAGCAACAGCUUUGCGAUGCUUUCCGGGAAUACUGCUGCUUUUGAGCUGAUGUGACAGGCAGCCCGUGGUGCGCUGCCACUUUCUACUAGAUGGCAGUGCUGAGAGCAGGAUAGUUGGCGUUGUAGGUAAUAAAGUGUUAGGAAGCUGGAGACUUAUGUGCAGCUGGAUUUUGGUGGAGUUACGGGUCGAACAGAAGAGGCUUCAUAUGUGCCCUGUGAGCUUCUUUGCAAUUCAGAGAAUUUUUUCAAACUCUGCAUAUGGUUAUCUUGUUAUGUAAUUGCGUUUCACUGAGACUGUGAUUCUUACGUUAUAUUUGGAAAGGAAAAACAAAUUUAGUAGGUUAAGCCUUGGUAUUGCAGUGUUAUUUACAAAGUUUCUGAGGUUUGGAUCCAGCUCCACUGGCUGCCACCUGAUUGGCAAAGAUUUACAGCUGAGCAUCAGAUUCUGUGCUUGUGUUAUAGCAAUAAAUUACUUAUUCAAAAGAAAUGUGGCUGCUUUACCCUCUUUAUUUCAUGAGUGUUGUAUGUGGUGAGGAAGCAAUUUUUUGGUUUGAUCACAGUGUUUUGUUAGGCAGUUUGAGAUAGCUCUUUUGUUGUACAAAUUACAGUUAUCGGAUCGAGUUCAAAUCUUGGAUAGACCCAGAGCUCACAUUGAUUUCAGCAGAAGUUGUGUGGUGCGUGACAGAAUUUUACUGUGUGGAAUAUCUGAAGUAAAAAUUUACUCUCUGCUUGCCCUACGCUUGUUUUCCAAUUUGUUCCUUCGGAGUAGCAGAAUGUAGUGCUUUUGCCAAUGUUUUCAUUGAUAUAUUUGAAUUAGCAUUGUGUAUCUGAAGCCAAGGAUUCUUCAGGGGCUGAAUAUGUGCCCAUUGAGAGAGAGAAAAUUUAGCCUGUUGACUUGAAUGUGAAUAAAAUGGACACCAUAACUCUUAUUUGACAUUUGCAUAAAAUGAGUCCCAGUGUUUUCAGUAGGUAUGUGCAGGAAGGUAAGCACAUCAUGUUCACUUGUUUAAUUCAUUUUGUUAUAAUUGAAUAGGCAUUAUUCUUUGUAGUAUUCUGUUGUUGGUUUUGGAGGGGGGUUUACUUCUCAUUUAGCGUUAUCAUUGUGGUUUAAGGGCUAAGCUUUAAAAUGUUUGUUGCUCCACUGCAGAGAGAGUUGCCAACUGGAUGUCAUGCAUGUAAAACUAGAACAAGAGCCUUUAAAUAGCAAGACAAUCAAUUUAGUAACAAUUUAGUGUGAUAAACGGUAGAAUACACAACAAGAAUGCAAACCUGAAUGAUUAUAGCAUGCAUCUUUUGGUAUUAAUAUUGAUAAAGUACAAAGCAGAAAAGCAAAUAAACAUAUUCAGCUUUUAAGUACUUAAACUGGUUUGAAAUGGAAGUGCUGUUUUCUGUUACGCAGUUUAUGUCUUAAAAAGGGGGGGUAGAAAAGUUAUUUAUGAGCAUUUAUUUUGUUUUCUGGAUCUCAAAAUUCCAUUAUGUAGCAGGAUGCUUUCCAGUAUCUGCUUUCUCAGUAUCUGGAAAAGCGGAUGUUGCUGCAGCAGGAGGAAUUACACUGAUUUGCAGCAUAGGAGGGGAAAAAAAAAAAAAAACCAACUCUGUUCUGACUUUCUGCCUCAAACGAUCAGCCAUUUAGCUCUGGUUUGGGCUUGUCAACGGAAGAGAUGAGAUAGGGAAGUUAAGUUUGUUCAACAAAGGGAGUGAAAUUAAUGUACAAAUUAGGAAAUCUCUGUUUCUAGAAUAAAAUGAGUAUAUUUGCCUAAUGGACUACGUUAGAGAAUUCCACUUGCUUGGCUUUACCUCACAAUUGUCCACAAACAAACCCUCUCCAAAAGUCAGGGAGUUUUCCUAGGUUUUGUUGGUUGUUAGUUGCUUAACUAGAUCACUCUGUCCUGUGGGAUGUUGAGUCAAAAGGCAGAAGAGUUGGUGGAGACUAGAGCCCUGUAGGCUUUUGUAGAAGAGGCUUUCUGAAUUGUAGCUUUUUAAAAGGUGCAUGACAGAAUCCCGUGUUUAUUAAAAUCACUGAGAAUUUUGCUAUCACAGUUCUCUUUCAGUUCGCUUCAUAUGCUAUGUAAACCACGGCAAAGUGUGACUGAUGGGACCCAAGAUUCAACCUAUGCUAGGGCAUGGGUUCUUGGUUUAAGCUGAUGCUUUAAAGAGUUUAUUUUUAGUUUUCAGAUAUAAAGUGUUUCUACUUUAGAGGAUAUUUGAGACUCCCUACAAACAAAACAUGCAAGUGAAAGUUAAGAACUGAAGACCUGAUCUGUACUAAAACAUCUUUAGCAGAAUAAGGCCAGAAGAGAUGCAGAGUAUGUGUAUGCUAUAUGUAUGUGUGCUACCGCAGAGUGAGCGAGCCAUGAUAUUCAAGAAAGGCAAGGGUUUUGAAUUUCUCUGGAAGGUGACAGGAUUUUUUUAUCUCACUAUGGAGCUCAGGCACAGUAAUUCUUUAUUGGCUCUUUUCAGACUCCUCCCUUAACGGUACAGAACCAACUUGACCUGUGAUUUUGAGCAACAUUUUAAAGAGCUAGUAUGGUUAUAAUUUGCAUGUUAGAAGUCAGAUUCAAGCUCCUGCGUUGUAAGACUCCAGAUUUGUGACCAGCUAGAAUUACAAUCGUGUUUCAUUAAAAGUGCUGAUGAGCACCCAGGACUCUGAAGACAGCAGUUUUGUGCAAGAUAAGAAUGUUCCUUAAAGAAGCUGAUGGAGGAUAGAGCUCCAGAGUUCCUGGCAGACACUGACAGCAUAAGAUGGCACCGUAGUCUAGUCUGAAAUUGAUUCUAGUGCAUAAAGGACAUAAAUUAUAAUCCCAGGGGACCAUCUGUCCUGGAGCAGACAUUGGAACUGAGAUACUAUGUGACUGAAAGGACUUGAGUGCAUGUCAGAUGCUGUUAUGGAGUCAAUGGAUGAAGCUGAAGGACAACAAGAACAGCUGAACAGGAAGGAGCAGUCCCUGAAAACCUCCCAGAAAACAGCACUGCUUGGUUGGGCUGCCCGGUGGAAUGGAUUAAUGCCUGGAGACAGCAUGUAUCUGUUUGUCCUCUCACAGAUACUGCUUCUCUGCAUGAUGCUGUGGUACAGCACUUAUGGGACCAUCCCAGCAGCUCAGAACGCCUUUGACCUGCUGUCUUACUUGCUUACUCCAUUUAAACAGUUUUUGUCAGAUCAAGGGGAGGACCUGAAUAGAAUCGGGAGCAUUGUGGUAUUGUACAUCCUGCUGUCUUUAGCUUCUCUAGGACUGUUACUUGUAGGAUCUCUGUUUUGGCAUCUGCUCAGAGCCCGUCCAGACCCCCCCUUUCCACUACAAGAGGACAGACGCCAAUCUGUGAGCCGGCAGCCUUCAUUCACGUACUCAGAGUGGACAGAGGAUAAAAAUGAGGAUGACUUCCUAGAUUUGGAUCCUGUACCGGAGACUCCGGUCUUUGACUGCGUAAUGGACAUUAAAGCGGAGACAGAUCCAGCUACUCUAACGGUUAAAUCCGUGGGCUUGCAAGAAAGGAGAGGUUCAAAUGUUUCACUCACACUGGAUAUGUGUACCCCAGGCUGUUCUGAGCAAGGUUUUGGCUAUGUCAUGUCACCACGGGAACAGUCAGCCCGAGAAUACCUCCAGACAGCAUCAAACAUCCUUACUGAAGAGGAACUGCACAAGAAAGCACUGGAUCCUUUCAUACUCCAGGCAGAGUUCUUUGAAAUUCCAAUGAACUUCGUUGAUCCAAAGGAAUACGAUAUUCCAGGCUUAGUGCGUAAGAAUCGCUACAAAACAAUUCUCCCAAAUCCUCACAGCAGAGUGUGCCUUACCUCAGCUGAUCAGGACGACCCCCUCAGCUCUUACAUCAAUGCUAACUACAUCAGGGGCUAUGGAGGAGAGGAAAAGGUAUAUAUUGCUACUCAGGGACCGAUAGUUAAUACUGUCAGUGACUUCUGGAGAAUGGUGUGGCAGGAGCGUUCUCCCAUCAUUGUCAUGAUUACCAAUAUAGAAGAGAUGAAUGAGAAAUGCACAGAAUAUUGGCCAGAGGAACAGGUCACCUACGAAGGAAUAGAAAUCACAGUUAACCAAGUCAUACAAGCAGACGAUUACCGUUUAAGGCUCAUCACCCUAAAGAAAGGAGAAGAAGUCAGAAACCUGAAACAUUACUGGUACACGUCUUGGCCAGACCAGAAGACACCAGAUCAAGCCCCUCCUCUGUUACAGCUAGUACUGGAAGUGGAAGAGGCCAUGCAGAGUGCAGAAGAGAAGAAUGCCCCAGUGAUUGUUCACUGCAGUGCAGGCAUCGGGAGGACUGGCUGCUUUAUCGCAACUAGUGUCUGCUGUAAACAGCUGAAGAACGAGGGCAUAGUUGACAUAUUGCGAACAGCCUGCCAGUUACGGUUAGACAGGGGAGGAAUGAUCCAGACUUGUGAACAGUAUCAAUUUGUCCAUCAUGUCAUGAGCUUGUACGGAAAACAGCUUUCUAGAGCAGCAGAAGAAUAAGUGUUCAUGAUAAUUCCUAAAGGCUAAACCAAGAGAACUUUUGACUGCAUUCAGAUAUAUUUCAGAUCUGAUAAGAGACACAUGGUAACCUGGCUGUCUUAGCCGGAAAGAAAGAUAUAUUAUUUUACUUUGAUAUUGCUUUUAUGCUCUUGUUUGCAUUGACAUUUAAGAGCUGAGGUAUGCCUUGUCUUAAACAUACGUGACAGGACAUAAUCUUCACCAAAAAAGGCUUAUUUAUACUGUAAAUAAGAAUAGUAGCUUCAUUUGUUACAAAAGCAAGAAAAAAAUCAGAAAAAAAUCCACUGUCUUCAGUUUGCUGUUUUUAAAAAAUCAUUGCUAAUAUAUCCAAAUACAGUGUGAAACUUUUUGAAUUGUCAUGCUGAAAUGUGCCGUAUGUUGACAAAGCUUGAAAGUAACUUUUUGCCUCUUUCUGAUUGUUUUUACAUAUAAAAUUACCGAAUACUGUGUAUAUCGUAAACCUUCUGAGCCUCUGCGUUGAAAGAUUUAAGUAGAUUCACAUUGAAAUUAUGUUUCACACAUCAUGUUUGCUCGGUUUUGUUUUGUUUUUUCUAAAGCAGUCCACCACCAGUGUUAUCAGAACUAAGGGGAAAAAAAUAUUUCAAUGAUGUGGGUAAAAUUCUUGCCUCUUGUUCUCACCAGCAAUGUACCCCAGUAUCAUGACAGCUGGGUGAAUCUGACGUGAAUAGUAGAAGUUAAUCUAAACAUAAAUUCUUCACGCUUUACCUUUUCUUUUUUAGUAUUUUGGCAUCUCAGCCUGCAACCAGAUUUGAUUUUUGGAAAUAGUUUCUCUUUUGACACAGUCAGACCACAAUCCAAACACAAUUUCCCCUGAAAUUUGGGGGUUGAGAUCAGGUGAGGAAUUUCGUGAGUUGGAUUCAUCUUUAUUAAGUAUGUAAUAAUAAAAUCACUUGUAUUCUAUGAAUUUAAACUUGUUUCAAAGCUUUGACAGUGACCGGGUGCCCAGUGCUCAUUAAAAUUAACACAAAUCCUGUAGACAACUUUAAAAAAAAAUCAGUCUGAAUGUGUUGACUGCUUUUUGAUAAAUUUGCCCUCCAACCAAAUUUAGACAGUCAUUAGUCCAUUCUAAUUACUAGUCCAGGCAGCAGUCUUUCCUUUUCAAUAAUACAGACUGCUGCCCAUGCUUUUCUUUUUAGACCUCAAUCAGGCUGGGAAGACUGUAGUUUAUGUUUAAUGCUUAAAGGUAAGCACGUGUUUAAAUGCUUUAUUGAGCAGAGGAAAAUGGUGGUACACAUGACCCUUAACAUGAAAGAUGAGUGUUUUGUGAAUAGAAGCUGUAAUGAUCUACUGAAAAUAUUUUUGCUUCUCUUUAUUUGUAACAAUAACCAAAACCUACUGCUUUUAUUAGUGCAGGAGAUUCUGAGAAUUUACUGCACUUCCUAAUGAGGAGAAGGUAAAGCAGCUCUCAGAACAAUAAGGGCUGAUCCUGCUCCCACUGAGGUUUUGCCAUUGACGUCAGUAGGUGCAGGGUAGGGCCUGAAAUGUUAUGCCUACAACUUUAUCACUGUGGGGAAAGUUUCCCAAUAUUUCAGUACACAUCCUUUGUGUUUAUUCUGUAUCCAUGAGCCUGUAAAAAUCCUGUCAGCAGGGUUUGCAUGAAUGUGUGGCAAAAUGUGUUAUCUUUAAACCACUUGAUUUUAUUGCUGUAUUUAAAAUAUUUCCUUCAGUGAGAAGCUAGCAGGAAGAACUGGCAUUCUUUUUAAAAAUACUGGUGGUAGUCAUUAAAUAGAGCAAUAAACUUAAGCUUUUGAGCAUAACAUGACUGUUAGUUUUAUGUAAACCUUGCUAGCUAUAUUCUCCCCACUGCUACUGAUUCUUUCAAACUGGUAACACUAUUCCAUUUAAGCGCACCUUAGAAAUAACAAAAGCACCACUGACGUUCUGAACAACAUUGUAAGUGGAACUCCCUAUAAAUGUUUUCAGCUGUUCAGUGCCCUUCAGUGUCAAAACUGACGAAGUGAAUAAAAUUACUUGUUCUGUCA